AUGUCUAUGGCUCUUCCCCUCUCAUUCACACCACUCAAAGAUUUGAAACCUUACAAAAACUCAUGGCGUAUUGAAGUCAAAAUUCUUCAUAGUUGGAGAAUGUUUUCAGCUAAGUCUGAUGUUAUUGGUCAAGUUGUUUCCUCCGGUGGAAUUGAAGUGAUUCUUAAUCGUAACAACAAAGAAACCAAGAAAAUUGUGUUUCAGCUCAGAGACAAUGACGACAUUCGUCUCUCAUGUACUUUAUGGGGAAAUUAUGCUGACUUGCUUAACAAGGCAAUACAUGAGGCAAAUGAUGGCAUGGUCAUUUGUUUAUUGAGAUUUGUCAAGCAAAAUCUUUACAAAGACACACGAUACAUUGAAAAUGCUUUUGAAUCUUCCAUUCUGUUGAUCAAUCCACAAAUACAAGAGAUGGAAUCAUUUAAGAGCAUACUUCCAAAUGAUGGCUUGGCUUUGACAAUCAACUCUUCUGGUGAUAAAGCGAUUUAUUUCCCCAAAGAUGAUAAUGAAGGCAUUGACUACCCUAGGGUUACAAUAUCUGAGAUGCUUGGUUACUCUCAGGCAGGAAAUUGUAGACUGAUUUGUACAAUCUCCGGAAUUGAUACCGAUAUGGGAUGGUAUUAUUUUUGUUGUCGCCCAUGUAACAAAAAGGUGUUUAAGGAUGAUGCUGUGAAAAUCGAAGAUGUGAAGAAGCCAAUUAAACCAAGGUUUUGGUGUGAAGAAUGUGAUGCUUGGGCUAAAAUAAUAGUUCCAAAAUACAAACUCCAUUUGUCGAUCAUGGAUCACACUGGUGAAAGCAAAUGUUUUUUGUUUGAUAGUUGGGCUAAAAAGAUCCUUGGAGGUGCUCCUGCUUCUGAAUUUCUUAAUGGAUCCUUUGAUGAGAUUGAGGAUCCAAAUGCAAUUCCUGAUCAAAUUAAAGCAUUGGUUGGGAAAACUUUCCAAUUUCUAAUAACCGUUGGAAACGAAAAUGUAUAUGGAGGGUAUGAGUUCUACAAGGUGUCUAAUGUUUGGUCAGGCGACAAAUUCAUUGAAAUUGCUAAUGAAGAGUCCGAAAGUUAUUUAGAGCAUAACAGCAUAUUGUCUUCUGAUCAGGCUUCCCUAAUGAUUACCAAUGGUACAGAACCUUCUGAAACAGAUUUGAGUUCCUCUUCUACACCUUCAUCAAAGCGGAAGUCUGACAGCAGUGGUAAUGGAAGUGAUCGUUCAAGUUCCACCAAAAAACUGUGCUCCAAGAUUGAUACUAUUCAUGUUGAUGGAGAAGAAGAUUUGAGGAAAGAUUUGAAUGAAGAGAUUACAAGACAAGAAGAAGACCAAGGCAAUAAGUAG